UAUGUCACAAAUAUUUUAGGUAGAAAUCCCAGAAAUGUUCAAUCAACAAGACUAUUUCAGUCUCAAACAAAUAACCAUUCAAAAAGUUCGAUCUCAUAAGAUAAUUAUUAAUUUCCGUAGGUACUUACAAACAAAAUAAUUAAAUCGGUAUCUGCAGACGUUUCAAAAAUUGAAGAUUUUCACGCAAAAAGUUGGGCUUUGCGUUCUGAAAUAAAUGAAUUAAACGGCAAAUGUUUAAUUCAAGCCAAAAUAAUAAAAUCAUUGAAAGAUUCCAUUGACGAUUUGGAUAAAAAUAAUGGCUUAAACAAUUUAGUGGAGGACUUGCAAUAACAAGUAAUGACUGCACAAUCUAAUGUCUGCGAGAUGAUGAAGUCGCAUCCUAGUGAAGAACUACCGAGUUAUGACUUACCGGCUCUAGACCCGAAAACAAACGAGAUAAAAGUACUACCAAAUUUAAAAGUUAGUGCUAGUGAUUUUGCCAAAGCCAUAUGCCAGGAAGAAAUGUCAAAAAGAGCCAAAUUGCUAGUAAGAAUGAAGUGGCCUGAUAAGGGUAUAAGAUUGCAGUUGGGCUUUGAUAAAAACGCUCCAGGUGUAAAAAUCCUAAUAAAUGAUCAGGAAGUCACAGAAGUGCAAGAUUUAUGUUUGAAAUGUGAAAAAAUCAAUGUAUUGAAAGAAGGUGACAAGAGAUACCCCAAACUGGUCGACAUAAAAUCGUGGAUUAGCGAGACUCUUAGUGACGAACGUUAUCGAGCGUCAAAAAAAGUUAAAUUAAAGGAACCAAAAAUUAAAAAAAAAAAUAACAUCAAACGGCUAAAUGAAAAUAAAGAGAAUGAUAAUUCUGAAACUGAAAUUAAAAAAAAAAAAAAAUUAUUAUAA